AUGGCGGCGUCGGUCCCUCGCGCACGAAACCGGCUCUUCCGAACGUACGGGGCUAGAGGAGCCUGCUGCGGGUCGCAGCGGCAGCCGGGCCGGGCCGUCGUGCAGUGGUUCUCGCCCAAGGACCGGAAGCGUUUCUUCAGCAGCAGCUCGAGCUGCGGCGACCCCUCGCCGUCGGUCGCUUCGGACGAUCCCGACGACCCCGACUUCCCUGGCAGCCCAGUCCGCCGGCCGCGGCCGAGGCGUCGCGGAGACCGGAGGACCCAGCCCACCGCCACCCCCCGGCGCCCGGGGCUGCGAGCUCGGCCCCCGCACAAGUGCAGCACCCCGUGCGGGCCGCUCCGACCGCCGCCCUUUCCCGGCCACAGCCCGGGCUGCUUCCACCCGGACCUCAGCGUGGAUACCGACGGCGACGAGCUGGGCACCAGCGCCUCCCUGUUCAGCUCUCCGGUCUCGGCAGACCCUCCCUCUCCGCUAGCCGCCUCUACAGUCCACAGUGGCUUCCACCGCCCGGAAGCCUCCCUGGACCCAGCAUCUCUUCCCUGUCCCCGGGAAGCAGCCACGGAAGAUGGCAAGUUCACGAGGAUGGUCCACCGAGCCGGAGCCAGCCUCAGGUCAGCAUUCAUUAACCUAGUGGACUCGGGAACUCCUGAGAAUUCCGACUUUGGGACCGACGGGAAGGAUGGGAAGGAGUCUUACUGUGAAAGGCUGCGGAUGAGAAACAGACCAGAGGGCCGAGGUCUGCCAAGCACAGGAAAGAGGGCCUCAGACCAGAGCUAUGAGCAAGGGGCCGGCGGGAUAGACUAUGGGGAGGCCAGUGCUUGCAAAGAUGCUCUUGGACCUGGGGAAGUCAGAAGGCCUAAGAGAACUAGUCCAAGCCACAAGAGAAAACAUCUGGAAGCAGUGAAAACCUCUGUCAGCCAUUACCACCAUGCUAAAAGGAAAGGAAAAGAUUCAUUCCCUUCCCAGGACCUGACUCACUCGCAGAACUGGACCAAAACUAGGGCCUCCUUCAGUUUCCACAAGAAGAAAAUUGUGACUGAUGUGUCAGAGUUGUGCAGCAGGUCUUUCUCUGAGUCCUUCCUAUCAGAGCAUUCAAACUCCGCUGUCGUGAACAGAACAAAUAGCUCACUGUCUCCUUGGCAUUCAUCUUCCAUGUACUUGCUAAGCCCCUUGAAGACUCUGCAUGUUGCAGAUAAAAAGGUGUUUGAUGCUGAAAAGGUUUACGGGGAAUGCAAUCAGGAAGGUCCUGUUCCCUUUAGCUAUUGUCUUUCCACAGAAAAACUGGAACACUGUGAAAAGAUUGGGGAAGGAGUGUUUGGCGAAGUGUUUCAAACAAUUACUGAUCACUUGCCUGUAGCCCUAAAAGUCAUUGCUAUUGAAGGACCAGAUUUAGUCAAUGGAUCCCAUCAAAAAACCUUUGAGGAAAUCUUGCCAGAGAUCAUCAUCUCCAAAGAGCUGAGCCUCUUGUCCAAUGAGGCUUGCAACCGCACAACAGGCUUUAUUGGGCUGAACUCUGUACACUGUGUGCAAGGGCGCUACCCGCCCUUGCUCCUCAAAGCCUGGGAUCACUAUAACUCAACCAAGGGGUCUGCAAAUGACCGGCCAGACUUCUUUCGGGAAGACCAGCUCUUUAUUAUAUUGGAGUUUGAGUUUGGUGGGGUCGACUUAGAACAAAUGAGAACAAAGCUGUCCUCCGUUGCCACCGCCAAGAGCAUUCUACACCAGAUUACAGCAUCCCUUGCAGUGGCAGAGGCGUCCCUGCACUUUGAGCACCGUGACUUACACUGGGGGAAUGUGCUCUUAAAGAAGACCAACCUCAAAGAGCUCCAGUACACCCUUAACGGGCAGACGAACACCAUUCCCACUUGUGGACUGCAAGUCAACAUCAUUGACUACACCCUGUCACGCUUAGAGCGCGAUGGGAUUGUGGUUUUCUGUGACAUUUCCUCGGAAGAGGACCUAUUUACAGGUGAAGGUGACUACCAGUUUGAGAUCUACAGGCUCAUGAGGAAGGAGAACGACAACUGCUGGGGUGAAUAUCACCCUUACAACAACGUGCUCUGGCUGCAUUACCUCUCAGACAAGAUUCUGAACCACAUGCGCUUUAAACGUGGCUGUCAGACCAAUGCCAUGAAGCAAGUGAAGAAAAAGCUCCAGCAUUUCCACAGAACAGUACUGAACUUCAGCUCUGCCACUGACCUGCUCUGCCAACACAGCCUCUUUAAGUAAGCCAGAUAUGCCUCGGGCACUGCCCCAAAGUGUGAGGGCACUGGUCAUAAAGCCUCUGCUGCUGCUUCCAGUCUCCACCCCACAGCAAGUUGAAGGUUGAGUGGCCACUCUUGGUGUUUUCAGUAAGCUUUUAAAAAAAGAAUUUUGUUUCCAAACAGUAACUGCAAUGUUUGCUGAAAUUAUUAAACUGGCUAUUAACAUGUUUUAAAAUUAAA